AUGUCACUUAAAAAAACAGAAAAGUUUGAGGGGGUUGAUAUCAAAGAGGCGAUGACAGACGUGCAACCAGUUUACCCUACUUCAACCUGGUCAUCAUCAGCAUGCUCUUGUAAAUGUGAAGAAAACGACGAAAAUAAAAAUCUCAAAGCUGAAGCCGUGCUGUGUAAUCAGUUUGAAACUGGUUCAGAACACCUCAACCAAGUAGGUGAAGUUGCAAAGAUGGAGGAUGUCAGAAUUUUCCGUGAUGUCCUGGCUAAAGCUGAACCUUUAGACUAUAAAGAACUUCAGUGUGAUAAUUGUAAUCUUACUCUAACACCAUCGAACGUAAGACCUGCGAAAAGAAAAUCUUCUUCUGUUCGUAUACCUACCGAGUCUGAUUGUGGUAUUCAGGCUGAAACUCUAUUUAUUGGAGAAUCCACUCCGUCUGGGACUGGACAUAAGUUGAAAAAACAGAAACGAAGACACACCGGAGAAAAACUUUAUACUUGCAGUCUGUGUGAUUACAAAUCAAAUCGAUCGAGCACUCUUGCUAAUCACAAACGGACACACACCGGGGAGAAACCUUAUUCUUGCAGUUUGUGUGAUUAUAAAUCAAAUCAAUCGAGCAAUCUUACUGCUCACAAACGGACACACACCAGAGAUAAACCUUAUUCUUGCAGUUUAUGUGAUUAUAAAUCGUAUCGAUUGAGCAAUCUUGCGGAUCAUAAACGGACACACACCGGGGAGAAACCUUAUUCUUGCAGUUUGUGUGAUUAUAAAUCAAAUCAAUCGAGCAAUCUUACUGCUCAUAAACGGACACACACCAGAGAUAAACCUGAUUCUUGCAGUUUAUGUGAUUAUAAAUCGUAUCGAUUGAGCAAUCUUGCAGAUCACAAACGGACACACACCGGGGAGAAACCUUAUUCUUGCAGUUUUUGUGAUUAUAAAUCAAAUCAAUCGAGCAGUCUCGCUCGUCAUAAACGGACACACACCGGAGAGAAACCUUAUUCUUGCAGUUUGUGUGAUUAUAAAGCGAGUCGAUUAAGCACUCUUGCUAAUCACAAACGGACACACACAGGAGAGAAACCUUAUUCUUGCAGUUUUUGUGAUAAAUCGAGUCGAUCGAGCAGUCUUGCUGCUCACAAGCGGACACACACCAAAGAUAAACUAGUACUGUGCUGUAAUGUCUGCGACAUUAAAGUGAAGACGGCUGGAUCUUUGAAAAGGCAUAUGUUGAUUCAUAGACCAUAGUGGGCUGUAUGUCUGCGAGUACUGUGACUGUAAGUCUAAAUCCAAGGAGGAUUUGUUGAACUACAUAAGAUCUAGGCAUAUAUUACCUCAUCUGAACAAUAGUUUAAUCCAAGAAAUUCAGGAAAAUAACUUCGCUAGUUAAUACAUUUAAACAUUAUAUUAUAUUAUAGCAUGUUUGAUAGAUUUACUCGGGAAUGAAUUUUGAUAACUUCCAAAAUCUUGUCAGUUAUUCAACAAAUUAUUUGAACGAUAUUGCAAACUUUA